UUCCGGUGUUGCUUCAUCAAUUUCUCCGCAGAUGCAAUAUUUUCUUACUUCUUGGUUUUCGUGUCGUCAGCAGACGUUCGGCUUCUUCGUGACAUAGGUGAAGCACCGCACGUUUCCAACCAUUUUUAAAAUUGGUUUGGUGUGACGUGAAAUGGCGACAUUAAAACAACCGACUGGACAGAAGCGGUUGACAAAUGUUGCUGUCGUUAGACUGAAGAAAGGAGGGAAAAGAUUUGAGAUAGCAUGCUACCCAAACAAAGUUGUGUCAUGGAGAAACAAAGUAGAAACAGAUAUUGAUGAAGUACUGCAAACUCAUACCGUUUUCACAAAUGUUUCCAAGGGAGAAAUGGCAAAAACAGCGGAACUGAAAAAGAUCUUUGGUACAGACAAUCAAACAGAGAUCUGCCUACAGAUAAUAGCUAAAGGAGAGCUGCAAGUGUCAGAAAAGGAACGCCAUGCACAGCUGGAAUCUAUGUUUAAAGACAUUGCUACUAUUGUAUCUGAUAAGUGUGUAAACCCUGACACAAAUCGUCCCUAUACAGUGACACUUAUUGAAACAGCUAUGAAGGAUAUACAUUUCUCAGUAAAACCAACAAGAAGUACAAAACAGCAGGCAUUAGAAGUAAUAAAACAGCUUACAGAGAAAGAUUCAAUCAACAUACAGAGAGCUCACAUGCAGUUAAAGAUCACAGUCCCUGGAAAAGAUGGGAAGAAAGUUCGAGAAAAAGUGAAGAAACUUGCUACAACAGUUGAACAAGAUGAAUUUGAUGAUGAUCUGGAAAUGGUGAUCUUAGUGGAUCCAGGCUGUUACAGAGAGAUCCAUGAUAUAGUGGUAUCAGGGACAAAGGGAAAGGGGCAAUUUGAAGUGCUGAACUUAAAACAUGUGGAGGAAGGCGACGAGAUGAUGUGAAUAUGUAGAUAACACUACAAAUGGUUGUAUAUAGACUGCCAAGUGAAGUCACAUUCAGGAAAUGAAGCCAGGCAGAUGGACUGAUUAUGUCCCACAUUAAGUAAAGCUAUCGAUCUUGUGUGAGGUUUCCAUUGCACUUGAUAUCCAUUUUUGCAAUGAAACACUGCAUUUUUCGACAGUUAUUUAUAUCAAAUAAUGCUUGUCCAAUUUAUAAUUGCAUCAUAUCUGGAAUGUGGGACACCAGAUUGGUUUUUAACCAGCUACUUAUCAAUUUAUUAUAGGUCAACUGUCACCUUAUUUUAUUAAUACUAUAUUUUAGGUGCCAGUAAAAAAGUGAUUUUUAAGAA